AUGACGAUCCCUGUCGUCAGGAAGAGAGCCAAGCGGCCGAAGACUCGGACUGGGUGCCGCACGUGUCGACAGAGGCAUAUUAAGUGCGAUGAGGGCCGGCCAGCAUGUCGGAAAUGCAUCGCCAGCAAUCGCGAGUGUGCUGGCUACGACUAUGUCCGCCCGGAAUGCAAGAGCCAAGCUGUCAUUCUGCCGAAAGGCUCCCAGGUGGGAUCUGUCAAGCUACCGACGAUGUAUCCUGUCCACCGAGGACCUUCAUCAAUCACGCUGGAUGAGAUGACGCCCGUGGAGACCUACGCAUUCGACUUCUUCCGGUUACAGACCGUGAGGCAAUUACCAGGAAGCUCGUGGACGUUGAGCUGGGAGAGAUUGGCGCUGCAGAUGGGUCAUCACGAACCCGCAGUCACACACGCAGCCAUUGCUUUAGGAAGCAUACACCGCGCCUUGACGUUCGAAGCGUACAAAGGACCAGCAGGCAUCGAUCCCGAACAGCACCAAUUCGCCCUCAGCCAGUACAACAAAGCCAUGGGCUAUAUCCGGACUUACAUCGAGACACUCGACGAAUCCUGCUCCGACUCGGACGUCGAAGUCGUCCUUCUCGUCUCGCUCCUCUUCUUCUGCUUCGAAGUGCUCCACAGCGAAGACGCCCGCGCGACCAUGCAUCUCCGGACCGGCCUCAGAAUCCUGUACGAACGAAUACGAGGCUCGAAUCCUCCGGCGACGCAGUACGGUGACGGGGAGAUGAAGAGGACCGUCAUUAUGAAAGUCACACCUCGCAAUAACAUGGACGUCAUCCUCCAGACGUUCGUGCGGCUCGAUGGCGACUUGACGAUUGUAGGGGAGGAUGAGCCGUAUCUCUUCCCGGUAUGCACGGAGAAGAUGCCGUCAUCAUUCUACAAUCUGGACGAGGCGAUGGUACACUUGGAUGCGAUUGCUUCCAAAACACACGACUUUUGCCGCGAUAUUGUGUGUCUCGCGGAUCGGGAGGUUGUCGCGAAGAGGAGGGAUUUUGAACUACUGGACGAUGAUAUGAGGAAUUGCUUGGCCUGUGCGGCGUCGAGGACGAUUUCGUUGGAGGGGGAGCCGCAGAUCUUGAAGAGAAUGGAUGAAAUCAAGACAGACCUCGCCGCCUGGAUGGCCGCCCUCGCCUGCCUCUCCCCAGCAACCCAACGCGAAUCCCAACACCUCCUCACGCAAAUCCACUUCUUCUACAUCUGGUUUGUCGUCAGCACCUGGCGCGACUCGACCGAAAUGGCCGUCGACCGCUUCGACGCCCAAUUCCACCACAUUCUCUCCCUCGCCGAGCAAUACGUCGACCUUCACUACGACGUCACAACAUCCCCUCACACCAAAAGCACCGCCGAACACCAAGCAAACUUCACCCGGCAGGCCUUCACACUCGGCACGGAUCUCGUGCCCUGCGUCGCCAUGAUCGCCUUCAAAACCCGAACCAGCAGCAUCCGCCGACGAUGCGUGGAACUGCUCAGAAAGAUCAACCUCCAAGGCGUCUUCGACUCCUACUUCCUCGCCUCCUUCGUCCAGCUCAUCUGGGAACUCGAAGAGAAACGCGCGCGAGACCUCACCGGCCACGCAUUCGGCCAGGAUUUCCAGUGCCAUGAAGUCCCCGAGGAGGCGCGGUUCGUGGAGAUCGAGCUGAGUCCCAUGCAGUAUAAACACGACUUCUACAAAGCCGACGUAGGCAGACUGGUCUACGCAACAGUAGGAGAGGAGGGGGAGCUCGUGGCGAACGAGGAGAUGUUCAACGUCAGCCGCCCACCACCACAGGAACACGCCCCGGGCAGCCACCAUCACGUCUGCAAAGGCGAACAAUACGAGGGCGCGCGCCUGUGGGCGCUGGAAAACGCUCGUCGGAGCGAGACACUCUCACGGAAUUCCAUGACGACUAUUACCACCGUUACGACGGGGUCUUCUUCUUCUCCGCCGGAGGAGGAGAUGCUGGAUGCCGGGGAGAGGGAUUCGGUCAUGGAGGGGUGUGGGGAGGAUUUGGCGGCGACGAGUUGGGGGUUUCCUGUCGUGGGUGCGGAUGGGGAGGUGGGGACGGGGCGGGCGAUACAGGCUUGA